AUGACACCAUUAUCUCUACAGGAAGUCCGCAGCAUGCUUGUGGAUCAUGACCUCGAUCCCCACGGAAACACAAUCCUAGUCUUGGUCAACCCAGAGACUGAUCAUGCCAAGCAUAAUGGCAUCGAUAGUGCAAAGAUCGAUGUGCAUUCAAGCAGUUCAAUGGUGGUCUGCUGUGAACAACCUUCAGGGUCAGAAGAGCAUGGAGGGGAGGGAGUACCCCCAUCAAACACCCAAACCGCGGACAGCGAGAAAGCAGAAGCAGCUUCAGUUUCGUACAGGCUCAAAGGGCAACAGCUCUGUCUUGUCUCCAGAUACUUUAAGAAUUUGUUCACGGGGCCAUGGUUCGAGAACGCACACUUCCAGCGCGACGGAGGAAUCAGACUAUACCUGUGGGAGGAAAAAUGGGAUCCUGUGGCCCUCCUUAUUCUCCUUCGUAUUAUGCACCACCAGCUGUGCGACAUACCGGAGAUCAUUGAUCUAAGCCUCCUCGGAAAGAUGGUCGUGAUUGCGGAGUACUUGAAAUGCAUUGAUUUUCUCAGCGGUUUUCUGAGAUUAUGGGGCCUCGAUGCUUUGAGCCAGUAUCGACGCCAUAUAGCGUUCGGUAUCGAUGACGAUACCGUCGUGAGAGAUGGACUUUUGUGCACUUUUAUUUCGUGGAAAUUGCGUCUGCGCGGGGAAUUCCGCCUGGCAACCAAAUUUCUGAUAUUAUGGGCUCAAGCCCCUAUCCACGAUCCUAGAGCAUCUAUUGAUGAAUACAUAGUUGGCGCCCUCAACAUUGAGCGAGAGAGGAUGCUUGGUAUGGUCAUUGAACCUCUGAAGACCGAGAUUCGCAAUCUUGCGAGAUAUAGCCUGUAUGCUCUUCAGCAAAAUCCACGUACUUCCUUGCUUGGAUUUGCAGCAUCGGCCCGGUACGUGAGAAUGCUGCUAGGUCUGAGUGACUUGUCGAAUCUUCCGCGAGUGCCUUAUACGGGGUACAACAUUAUUUUCGUUGAUCGAUUUGAUCACUUGUUGGAAAACUUUCCGGGGUUGAGUCUCGACGAUUUUUGA